GUUCAAGUACUUAAAGUCCAGGGAAAUGCACUGAAGUAGAAAGGGGAUUAAUAGAAGAAGGAGGGUGAGGCCAAGCUGUACUGUGUUGGUAGAAGAAGGAUUAGUAAGCAGACUGAACCAGGAGAGAAAUUAGCAGUGCUUAUUUUGGGUUAGACACAGCUGUAGGACAUACAGAAAUAGAACAGGAUCUCAGCAGAGGAGAGGUACCAGAAAGAAGGAACAGAGGUAGCUGGGUGUCCCAUCGCAGGAGAGAAGUCAGCGUGUGUGGACAGCUGGCUCUCGGAAGGAGCUGGCUCUGCUGGAUCUGCCGUCAUGCCGCUCCCCAUGCUGCUACUCCUUUCCCUGCCACCGCUUCUUACCAUGCUUGGCCAAGCUGGAGCUCAGUUUCCUCGCCAGUGUGCUACUGUCGAGUCCCUGAGGAGUGGCAUGUGUUGCCCGGACUAUUUCCCUGUGUUUGGGCCAGGUACUGACCGGUGCGGUGUGUCUACAGGGAGGGGCCGGUGUGUACAGGUGACUGUCGAUUCGCGACCCCACGGCCCACAGUAUAUCCAUGAUGGGCGGGAUGACCGUGAGCAGUGGCCCAUACGCUUCUUCAACCAAACAUGCCGGUGCAAUGGCAACUUCUCUGGUUACAACUGUGGGUCCUGUCGCCCUGGCUGGAGUGGACCUACCUGUAGCCAGCAAAUCAAUAUAGUCAGGAGGAAUCUUUUGGAUCUGAGUGCAGAAGAAAGGAGGCGUUUUGUGAAUGCCUUACACCAAGCCAAGGUGACAAUCCAUCCUGACAUUGUUAUUGCCACACGAAGACGUGAGGAAAUAUUUGGACCAGAUGGCAACACACCACAAUUCGAGAAUAUCUCCAUUUAUAACUACUUUGUGUGGUCUCAUUAUUAUUCUGUCAGAAAGACUUUCCUUGGUGCAGGGCAGCAGAGUUUUGGAGGAAUUGAUUUCUCUCAUGAGGGACCAGCUUUUGUCACGUGGCAUAGGUACCAUCUACUGCAGCUUGAAAGAGACAUGCAGAACAUGCUGCAGGACCCCAGUUUUGGACUGCCCUACUGGAACUUUGCAACAGGACAAAACACCUGUGAUAUCUGCUCAGAUGACUUGAUGGGAGCUAGAAGCAAUUUUGAUGUCUCUCUUAUCAGCCAGAACUCAAUCUUCUCUCAGUGGCGAGUGCUGUGUGAAAAUAUAGAAGACUAUGAGACUCUGGGAACCAUCUGUAACAGCACUGAAGGUGGUCCCAUCCGAAGAAAUCCUGCUGGAAAUGUUGCACGACCUAUGGUACAGCGUCUCCCAGAGCCCGAGGAUGUUGCUCAGUGUUUGGAAGUUGGUGUAUUUGACACUCCUCCUUUCUAUUCCAAUUCAACAGACAGUUUCCGUAACACAGUAGAAGGGUACAGUGAUCCUUCAGGGAAAUACGACCCAGCAGUUCGAAGUCUUCACAACUUGGCUCAUCUAUUUUUGAAUGGGACAGGAGGGCAAACUUAUUUGUCACCAAAUGAUCCCAUUUUUGUCCUCCUGCACACAUUUACAGAUGCUGUUUUUGAUGAGUGGCUGAGAAGGUAUUCUGCAGAUAUCUCAACAUAUCCACUGGAGAAUGCCCCUAUUGGACAUAACCGCCAAUACAAUAUGGUGCCUUUCUGGCCUCCAGUUACCAAUGAUGAAAUGUUUGUUACUGCACCAGAAAACCUGGGAUACAGCUACGAAGUCGAGUGGCCAGGUCGGGCUCUCCGUGUCACAGAGAUGAUAACUAUCGCAAUAGUGACUGCACUGGUUCUUGUUGCAAUUAUCUUUGCUGCUGCUGCAUGUAUCGUACGUGUCAAGAAAAAUAAGGAUGAGUUGCACCAGCCUCUUCUUACUGACCAGUAUCAGCACUACUCGGAUGAUUAUGAUGGCAUAUCAGCACCAAGCCAGUCUGUUGUUUGAAGAGACAGCACUUUUUUGCAUCUGACUGAAACUGUUUAUUUUGCUGUAUUUUAUAAAUGGUGGUCAUCCAUCUGCUUUAAAAUAAAGAGCAUAAACUG